AUGGCAUCAGCCCCAAAUCAGCAUAACAUUGGUGCUACUACACCAAGAUGUCCGCCACCAGCCGGUUUGAAAGCUCUUAUUGACAAAUUGCUGGAGCAUUAUCCUGAUCAACCAAAUCCCCUGCAAGUUACAACAGUAUUAAAAUAUUGGCUCGGUGGACAAGACCCAUUGGACUAUAUUAGCAUGUUCAGUAAUCGUGGCGAUCCCGAAAAGAAGAUUCCUCCGCAUUGGUUCUAUGUUAGUUUUGGACUGAGUGAUUUACAUGGCGAUGGACGAGUUCAUGUGCUGGACAGUGAAGACAGUGAGAUACAAUCAAGAUCUGGUAUGGGCUUUGAAUUGACAUUUCGUCUGCUAAAAACGAAUGAAGAACUUAAAGAGGAGGAAGAAAACCCUGGAAAGCGAAUUAGACCGCCCACUUGGCCUGCAAAUCUCAUGCAAAAUCUGGCUCGGUAUUGUUUCCGGACUGGAAAUCGACUCUGUUUCGGAGAUAAUAUACCAUGGCGGAAAGGCUUGGACGAUAGAUUUGAUACGCCACUGCAAAAUAUUUUAAUUGCAGAAGAUCCCCAGCUGAAAUCAAUGAUCACACCGUUUGGCAGCGUCGAUUUCUGCCAAAUUGUUGGUGUAACAUAUGAGGAGUUGGAACAAGCUGCGCGAUGGAAUGGUCGUGGUGUAUUGAAUUAUCUGAAGCAAGACAUACAAACUGGCGGGGAGUGGUGGGUAACCAACAUAGAUCGAACUCUUAGCGUAUUCGACAUUUUCCCCGAUCGUUUAGUUGCUCUUGAGGAGGAGUUAGAAAGAGAUGGCUCGGAUCUAGCGGGAGUUAAUGCAGAAUUUACAUUCAGAGAAAUACCUAGACCUAGGACACGAAAUACGCAAACCAAUGCAGAAGAUCCAGAAGAUGGGCAAGAGCUAAACACAUUAAUGGAUUCGAUGACACUGAAGGAAGAGAUAAAAUGUAAAGAAGAAGACUUAGGGGAAAUGAACACUGAACCUUCUAAUUUGGCGUUUCCUGUAUCUAUGUCCCUGAGUGGCAGUUCUUUGCACAACUCCUGUCCCAUUGAUGACCAGCCAGAGGCUCCCGAUUCUGUUACACUCGACGGCAUAGAGUUACAAAUCGCUCCAUAUGCAGCUAAAUUUCUGUUGUUGGCAAUUAAAGAUCGGAUACGUCAUGGUCGACACUUUACCUUUAAAGCUCAGCAUUUGGCACUGACGUUUGUAGCAGAGUCGGUGACAGGAGCCGGUGUAACUAAAGAAGCACCUUAUGGAGUUAUUGGAUAUUGGAUUCAGGUGUUAAUAACCGAUGACUUGGUGCCACGUAUGAUUGAAGAUUUCAAGAAUGCAAAUCUGGACAGAAUAAGUCAGCUCGGGGAACGGCGGGAAUUUGAAUGGCCCGAUAAAUUUUUAAAAGUAGUUAUUGAUCAUCCUCAUGGUUAUAUGCUACCUCCGCCUCCAAUGAGUUUUUAG